CGGAAGCCGCGAGUCUCCAUGGCGGCGGUGGCGGCGGCGGCGGGGCCGGUGUUCUGGAGGCGACUGCUGGGCCUCCUCCCUGGCCGCCCGGGGCUGGCCGCACUCCUGGGACGCUUGUCGGACCGCCUCGGCAGGAACCAGGACCGCCGGCGCAGGUCACCAUGGCUGUUAUUGGCUCCCUUGCUGUCCCCAACUGUUCCCCUGGUCACCUCCCCGCCUUGCUGCUUGUGUCCAGAGGGAGUGCACAGGUUCCAGUGGAUCAGGAACCUGGUUCCAGAAUUUGGAGUUUCCAGUUCCCAUGUUAGGGUGAUUUCUUCCCCGGCAGAGUUUUUUGAGCUCAUGAAGGGACAGAUAAAAGUAGCCAAGAGGCGGGUUGUGAUGGCUUCCCUCUAUCUGGGGACAGGUCCUUUGGAACAGGAGCUGGUGGAUUGCUUGGAAAGCACUCUAGAAAAGUCACUCCAAGCAAAGUUCCCUUCAGACCUCAAGGUCUCCAUUCUCCUGGACUUCACCCGAGGCUCCAGAGGCAGGAAGAACUCUCGCACAAUGCUGCUCCCACUCUUACAGAGGUUUCCAGAGCAGGUCCGUGUCUCCCUUUUUCACACGCCAAACCUCCGUGGGCUUCUCCGGCUUCUUGUCCCUGAGCGCUUCAACGAGACCAUUGGCCUCCAGCACAUCAAGGUGUACCUCUUUGACAACAACGUCAUCCUGAGUGGUGCAAACCUGAGUGACUCCUACUUCACCAACCGCCAGGACCGCUACGUGUUCUUGCAGGACUGUGCAGAGAUUGCUGACUUUUUCACAGACCUGGUGGAGGCGGUGGGGGAUGUGUCCCUGCAGCUGCAGAGGGAUGACACAGUGCAGGUCGUGGAUGGGAUGGUGCAUCCUUACAAAGGUGACCGGGUUGCAUAUUGCAAGGCAGCUAAUAAGAGAGUUAUGGAUGUGAUCAACUCAGCCAGGACUCGCCAGCAAAUGCUCCAUGCCCAGACCUUCCACAACGACUCUCUUUUGACCCAGGAGGAUGCAGCAGCUGCUGGUGAUCGGAGACCAGCCCCCGAUACCUGGAUUUAUCCACUGAUUCAGAUGAAGCCCUUCGAGAUCCAAAUUGAUGAGAUUGUCACUGAGACCCUACUGACUGAGGCUGAACGAGGCGCUAAGGUCUAUCUCACCACUGGCUACUUCAAUCUGACCCAGGCCUACAUGGACUUGGUUUUGGGCACACGGGCUGAGUACCAGAUCCUGCUGGCCUCGCCAGAGGUGAAUGGCUUCUUCGGGGCCAAGGGGGUGGCCGGUGCCAUCCCAGCAGCCUAUGUGCACAUUGAGCGGCAGUUCUACGGCAAGGUGUGCAGCCUGGGGCAGCAGGAGCGGGUCCAGCUGCAGGAGUACUGGCGGAGGGGCUGGACCUUUCAUGCCAAAGGCCUCUGGCUGUACCUGGCAGGGAGCAGCCUGCCCUGUCUCACGCUGAUUGGCUCUCCUAAUUUUGGGUACAGGUCAGUUCACCGGGACCUGGAGGCCCAGAUUGCUAUCGUGACAGAGAACCGAGCCCUGCAGCAGCAGCUUCACCAGGAGCAAGAGCAGCUCUACCUGAGGUCUGGUGUGGUAUCCUCUGCCACAUUUGAGCAGCCGAGUCGACAGGUGAAGCUGUGGGUGAAGAUAGUGACUCCACUGAUCAAGAACUUCUUCUGAGGAUGGACAGGGAUGGCCUUGAUGAAGAUCACAGGCAUGGCUGGCGUCAGCUCCUUCAGCCGUGCUUCAGCGAUGACUCCAGUCUGGGUGUCCCAGCGAGCUCCUGUGGGGACAGCAUGGCUGAGGGUCAGGUGGCCCUGGGGAG